GCUAGAAUAGGAAGAAAGCAGUAGCAAGCAAUGACUGAGGAAAAACAGCUACUAAGCGGAAAAUCAGACAAUAAACAGGUGUUGAAAAAAGAUAUUGUGCAAUGACAGCAGAGGAAGAUGUUGAGGAGCAACAACAGGAAGCAGAAGAAGUGGAAGAAGCAGAAGAAGCGAGAAAGCAGGAGAAGGAGAAGGAGAAGGAAAAGAGCAAAUGCCUCUGCCGCGGAGCGUGACGCACGGAGCUCCAAAAGCGGUACGAACGCUACGAGCACGCACUCUGAUGUCGUGUCAAAGUGCGUGUCUAACGUUACCACAAAAUAACCGUGUGUGCUGUGCGUGUUGCGUCUGCUGCGUCUGCUGU